CCAAAUACACUCGUGAGUGACGUGUGUUUCACCCAAUGGCGAAGGGAGGACUUGUCUUCAGUGACCAAUCAGAGUGCGUAGAAUCGCCGCGGCCUGCAAUGGGGCUCGAGGUGUAUGUGUCCGCCGCCACGGCCUGCCCUGCUUAGCUCUGGCUGGGAGGCGGGGAGGUGUAAGGACGAAGGGAGCGCAGAAGAAACGGGAACUUCCCCAAGGGAAUGUAAAAGUUUAGGACCGGGAGCACCCACCGGACGCCGUGUCUGCGCGCCUGAAACACUCUACACGCUGCCCGGGUUCUCAUGGAAGCAGAUGGAUUUGUGAGGAGGCGUCGGAUGACCGCGGAGACCACUGGCGGCGAUCCCGGGGUUGCUGGUGCCUCCGCCGGGGCAGAAGUUCGAUGGCUGGGGGGCAGAUUCUGGGGAGUUUCCGAAAGUAUCGUGGGGAGCCUCGCGCCCCGGGUCGGGGGCGAGACGGAGCUGCAGACUGUUGAUUGUAUCCGCUGCUCGCAAGACGCAGACGCGGAGGACUCUGAGCCGGACUAUGAGGGUCUGCCACAGGGAGCGUCCACCGGCACCCACAUGUUGGCAGGAGCCGUGGCCGGGAUCAUGGAGCACUGCCUCAUGUUCCCCAUCGACUGUGUCAAGACACGAAUGCAGAGCCUCCAGCCCGACCCCGCCGCCCGGUACAGAAAUGUAAUGGACGCCCUUCGCCGAAUUGUAGCCACAGAGGGAGUCUGGCGGCCAAUGAGAGGGCUCAAUGUGACAGCAGUCGGGGCGGGACCUGCCCAUGCCCUCUAUUUUGCCAGCUACGAGAAACUCAAAAAGACUCUAAGUGAUGUUAUUCACCCAGGGGCUAACAGUCAUUUGGCUAAUGGAGCAGCUGGGUGCGUGGCAACACUGCUUCAUGACGCACUCAUGAACCCAGCUGAAGUUGUGAAGCAGCGCAUGCAGAUGUAUAAUUCGCCCUACGGCCGCGUGAUGGACUGUAUACGCGCCGUCUGGCAGAAAGAGGGCACUGCUGCCUUCUACCGCAGCUACACCACCCAGCUCACCAUGAACGUGCCCUUCCAGGCGCUCCACUUCAUGACCUACGAGUACCUCCAGGAGCAGCUCAACCCCCACAGACAGUACAAUCCCUCAUCCCACAUGUUGUCGGGAGCCCUGGCGGGAGCCAUCGCAGCUGCGGCCACGACGCCCCUCGACGUCUGCAAGACCCUGCUCAACACCCAGGAGUCUCUAGCCCUCAGCUCCAUGUCUUCUAGCCAAGGCCCCGGCCAAGGCCAAGGAGCUCACAGACACAUCUCAGGCCUGGCCCAUGCCUUCCGGACAGUUUACAGGUUGGGCGGCCUGAAGGGCUUUUUCAAAGGGGCCCAGGCGAGGGUCAUCUACCAGAUGCCCUCCACAGCCAUCAGCUGGUCGGUGUACGAGUUCUUCAAGUAUGGACUCACUAAGCACCAGCUUGAGAGGAGAAUGCAGCACAAGGAGGCCGAGCUGUAGAUGUCUCCUGUAACAUCGCACUGCCCUCCCUGUGAGGAGAACAUCAACAUGUCAAUACGCACAUAGAACAUGACAUAAUGUCCACCUCAGCUGUCCCAUCCCUUUCAGACAUAGCAGAUAGGAGAACGCCAUCUUCAGCGACGCAUCGAGUAGUUAUAUUUCUGCCACACCUUUUCAAGACUAGAUAUGGUUUGAGUAACGCUGCCUCUCUCCUCUAGGAGAAAGCAUUAACACAGUACUAUAGAAAUAGUUAAUCUGCCAGCGUUUUUUUUUUUCAAGCCAUUCUAGUGGCCACUGCAUUUGUCCAAGCCGAGGAUAAAUGUGAAGAACGCACAAGUUUUUAGUUGGAAAGGUAGUCAGCAGAGGGCAGUAGAGUUUCUGUUAAUUAUGGGAGUUUGCUGUCCUAGAUUAUGAUUUAAUUUUAAUUUUUUUCCAAACUUUGAGAGAGUUUGACAAACCCAGACCAGUUUGAUUUCAGUCCUUUCUCAAAAAUAUUUUAUUGAUAAAAUUGCGUUUUCUCAGACGUUUAGAAUGAACAGAAAACUGACCGUAUGCUGAGAUCAUUCAGACAAUAAUUGAACGAGAUCAUUUCCUGAUAAGAACAAAAACUCAGAUACAUUUUGUAGAAAGAAGCCCUGCUUACAAUUCUUAGAGACCAUCUUUUUAUCCUAAAUAACUGAUCUGUAAUUUCAAAUGUAGUCCAACAUAAUUUGACGAGUCCACUGAUUGACUAAAAGGCCAUAGUUCAGAUUUGAUGUUCCAUUUUUAUUUGGCUAUUGGCAGAUAUAGGAAUGAAUCUAAUUAAUAUAAUGUUUUUUUCACCCCUUUUCAAAGGUCAGUGUUAGAGAUUCUUUCCUAACAUGUAAUAGGACAGAAUGAUACCAGAUUUCAGUAGCUCUAAGGUAUCUGAAGUGUGUGUGUGUAAUUUAUUUUGAAUUACUUGACAACUUGAUUGAAUUUUAUUUUCCAGCAAAUAUAUUACUUUAAACGUUCCCGUUCCCCCCCCCAUUCGUAUGUUUAAUCAGCUCUCGGAUCAUCCAAACGCUCAUCUUUAGUCCCGUGUACCCGUUUGGCAGAGCUGAACCGCGGCAGAAGUCGGAGGCCGUUUGUGUCCAUUAACUGUAGCUACGACCACCAGCCCGUUUUCACCUAGUGAACUACUGAGUUUCAAUAUCUUGCGCGGUGCCCAGAAGAAGUAUCAACUCUCGAGGAGGUCGUUCUCUCCGUACGAUAUGUAUCUGCACCCCUACCGAGUACUCAUAAAUGGAAGCUUGUCAUUCUUAUUGAUUGAUGUCUGAUUGUUUCAGACACUGAAUUGCACUCGUUGAAUAAAGAUUGAGCAGCAGGGCACUGCCCUCUGCUCAUAAAUGAUGGGAA